AGGACUAGUUAUUGACACGAAUUUUAUCAUAUGCGUUUGACGUGAUUUCAAUAUUUUGACAUAACAAAUUUAAAGUGUUUACAACAAGUGAUUAUAUGGUAGUAUACUAAAUAAAAUCCACAAGAAAGUUGCAGACCUUAUAGACGUUUAAAUGAUGGAGGUGACAGGAAAGAAACAUCGAAACCUUUGUAAACCAUGUGAGAAACGAAAGUCAUCGACAUACACAGACAGGUCCUGCUUACAUUGUGAAGAAGAAAUGUGCCAAAGUUGCUUUGAUACUCACGUACAAUUCAAAGUCAGUCGGGAGCAUAGGCUGGUCAAAUCAUUUGAGGUACCAUUAAGAGAAGAAACACCUACGUUGGAUAAUUGUACUAAACAUCUAAAUGAGGCUAUUAAAUUUUUCUGUCCCGAACAUAACCAAGUAGGUUGUGCUGAUUGUAUUAUUAUUUCCCAUAAAAACUGUAAAGUAGAGUAUAUUCUUGAACACAUCAAUGAAUAUAAGGAUAGUGAAGAGUCAAAAAUAUUCAAGGGAGACAUAGAUAGGUAUAACAUUGAAGCAAAACAGAUGUUAGAAAGCAUCAAACGAAAAAAAUGCCAUGUUACAGAUGUCAACAACAAAUUUGCAUGCGCUGUCCGCUUGUUUAGGGAUGAAAUGAUUUCACAUAUCACACAUCUCGCAGAUAGAAUGCUAAAGCUCGGAGAUGAUGCCAUGACAGUUGACAUGACAACAAUUGAAAACCUGGAAAAAGAAAGUAAAAGUCUUGUUGAUGAAACAACUAAAAUGAGAGAAACAUUACAAUCGGAAGCUGAUCAGCCUUACAGAUUAUUUAUAACUGCAGUCUCUUACAAGCAUAAUCUUCACCUUGUCAAGGAACAGCUCCAAAGAAUUGAACAGACGAGUCGGGUCACAACAUAUUGGUUUGAGCGUGACUGUCAUCUUGAGGAACUUGUGAAAAGUUAUAAACAACUUGGAUCUUUUCAAGUGGUACAAAAACAUCACAGAGGUAGGACAAAAAAUAUGACAAUUGUUUAAUGCGACCAAUAUAUCUAUUUAAACACAAACAUUUGUUAUAAAACAUGGACACUUAUUGUCACCAACCCUUUAGAAUAAAAAUGCGUUAUAUUUAUAGGCUCCGCCCUUACGUCUGUC